AAUCUACUGAUCGUUAUACUCAAUUCUUAUAAAUUUAUCAAUAUGCUGCCCAUGGAAUAUUUUUGGAACAAAGGAAAAGAAAAUUUGAAAAUUUUGAAGCCUUGGUGGGAUGUUAUAACAGAUUAUUUAGUGAUCCUUUUAGUAAUGUUAUCCGUUCUUGUUGCUGGUAUGGAGGUAACAUCAGGCAGUUUUGAAUGUGUAGCAGUUGUCAAUUGUCCCAGUGCGUCAAAACCAAAUUUAAAUGCAUCUUGGCUUCUCGCAGAUUUAAAAUUUCCGAAUACAUGUAAAAAAUUCUACGAGUCUCAAAAUACAAGCUUUGUUGAAAGAACGGAAGUCGUUACAGAUCACGAAGUCAAUAUUAUAUACAAAAGUUUUGUCAAUUCAGAAUGCAGUAAAAGCGCGAUUCAAGACUUUUUGGCUUAUUUGUGGAUCGUAUUGUUCGCUGAAGCAUUAUGGCUUUUUAUUCUCGACAAUUUCUGGUUGAAAUUUCCUUUAACUUGCUCGGUAAUUGAAACAUUUGUUGAUCUCGUGAUGGCGUGUUACGAUUCACCAUGUACUAAUUCCACAGUCACUUUAGCACUUUUUCAGCAAAGACACAAUCGAACAAACAGCUAUAGAAGAGUGUCAAACAACGAUACUUCUGACUUGACCGAUCAUUAUAACAAUUUUGAUUUCCUUCCAGACACUACCUCUACAAGUGCGUUGAUGGGUUUGUAUGAGAAAGUGCAAAAGCUAAAGAAAAACAUAUCGUCAUCUCAUUUCAUUGAAAAAAUUUCGAAUCUCUACACUAUCAAAAGUGUGUUACAAGUGCUUUCAGUAAUAUCGUUUCUCGUUAUUAAUUAUAAUUAUAAUGAUUUAAAAGACAAGAUGACGUGUACACUGCCUCAACACAUUCCCAUCCCUCACGAUUAUUUUUUGUGCUCCCACAACCUAGCUCCUGCCAUGUAUUAUAUUGUUCAUAUUUAUAACGGAGUUUUGGCAGUGGGUGGAGUGAUAUUCUUUUUCAUAGUUUUUUGGACAGUCAAAUUGCGUCGUAAAAACUAUGAAUAUAUUUUUUCAAACAAAAUAUCUCCAAAAAUUGACGAUCAGCUAUCAGACAUAGAUCCGGUAAAGGAAGAUCUAGGUUUUCUCCUGCAUCUAUUGCAUUGCUACAACAAGAUGUACGUCAUAAGAUUCGCUCGUUUUCUUUCUGAGGAGAACAAAAAGAAGAUUGCGGUGGCCCAUGCUUUGAACAUAAGAUUUCCAGUUGCAUAUCUUAGGGUUAUGUUAGAUAAAGAAGAAAAGCUGUCUUUUAACACUCUUCCAGGAAUUCCUCGUACGAUUUUUGAUCCUAUGAUUUCCGAAAACCUUUUGAACCUUGAAUUUAGAAACUGUUAUCUUGAAGUGAAUGAUUUUGAUAACUUCCAGAAGCUCAUCAGACUGAAAUGUUUAUUCAUUGUGGAGUGCGGCCUCGAUUUGAUUCCAGAGAAAGUGUUUAGUAUGGCAUGGCUCGAGGAGCUCCAUCUUAAUGGAAACCUCAUAAAGAAGAUUACUGAUGGCAUUUCAGAUUUGAAAAGUCUUUCUGUCCUCAAGGUAAGCGACAACAAUCUCGAAGACAUUGAUCCCGGUUCGUUGUCAAAAUUGGAAAAUCUGAAGUCACUUGACAUUAGUCACAAUUCUAAUUUGAAAAUGGAUGCUCUACGUGAGGUCCUUCAAUGUAAAGAAUUGCAAAACUUGGUUUGUCCGUCUCAUCUCAUGGACAGAGCUACACUAGACAAGCUGAAUGAUAACGAGCAAGAAAGGUUACUCAAUCUUACUCAGCCGGAUUAAGCCCGAAAACAUUUUAUAUUAAUUUAGAGGCUAAUUUGCAGGUUUAAUCAACAUUACUACGCAAUUUAUCGUUUAGAACUUCGUUUAUCAGUUUUAAAUUAAUUCAAAGCGCACAAUUUUUGUAUAUGUUAAUAGCAUUCUUUAGCGAGAGUGCAAUUGAUCCAAUGAACGUUCGUUGAGCAAGUCACGUGAUAGAAAGUCAAGUUAUGAACGACUAUUUACUGGAGGUGAUGAAGGCGGUUAACUUGCAGCACGCCAGCGCCAAAUUGUGUUGGCGCUGAUGCACACUACUACAGCCUUCAUUACAAUGGAAAAUUCUUAAACACUAGUUAAGAAAUAAAAGAUGUUUACUGUGUUUGCACAGGCUUAUGCAAACCGAGGAGACCUUUGGGAGAACUUGAGAGCAGAUCAGUGCAAGCCCGAGACCGAAGCACAAGGGUUGCACAUGAUCGAGAGUUCAUUGUUAAGAGAGUUAAGGUGCAUUAGUAUUGAUUUUAAUUUUAUUCCUUGCAUCAUUACAAACUGAACAAUGAACAUAACUGUAGCACUAUAAUUUAAAUAUAAACAAAAAAUUUGAAUGAA